AUGGACAUCCCCAGUGAUCGAACGUGUCAGUCAACCAAGCGACGCCGUGAAGAGACAACGGACGACGACGUUCUGGCCUCGAAGCGUCCCGGUGCGGCCAUACCUGCCUUCAAACGUCGUCACGUCAAGUACCAGCGUUACGGCAAGCCCCCGUACACUUACCUCGGCAUGAUGGUAGCAGCCAUCCAAUCCACCACGGACAAGCGACUGACUCUAGUGGGGAUCCAGGACGCGCUUCAGACGAUGUUCCCCUUCUUCCAGGGCCAAUACAAGGGAUGGAAGGACUCAGUCCGACACAACCUCUCUCACAAUCCCUGCUUCAUCAAGUCCAGUCGAGCACAGACCAAGAAGAAGAGUUCCAAUGGUUGUUUCUGGACAGUUGACCUAUCGCUUGUGCCUGCUGACUCUUUAAAGAGAUCUCGUGUGCCUUACGAAAUGGAGGGUAUGUGGGCAACUACCGUCACGAAACAGCUUAACAUCCCUGACAUCAUUCUUCCCCCUCCGCGCUCCCCUCCAAAGAAAGUAUUCCGAGCACGUUCUAGAAAGCAGACGACAGCAGAUUCGGUAGAUACACGAGACGAGACAACGCGAGAUCCCGGUGCUGCUCUACACGCACCGUCGCCUAGUCUGACCUACACGGAGGCCCAAUACACGCGAUUCCUGAGGGAACAGACACCAGAAGGGGUCCGUGUUCCGCUGAGCCACUACCCGCCAUUUGCAUCCCUCCUCUACCACACCACGACGUCCUCAGACAUCACAUCGGCGGCGGACAACCUCAGGAACCUGUGUCCUUCACCUCGAUACGGGACGCCGUUUGAAGACGAGAGAACAAGCGUCCCAGCCACCCCGCACCAUCUAUUCAGCUACGCGACAUUGAUUGACGAAUUGGUCUCAACGUCUGCAGUAGUUGAACACUUCCCCAUUCGUGUCCCCGAAAGCCCGUCUCCCGACACAGCUCCCGACAGCGCAGAUCCAUUUAUGCACUACCUAGCUGACCUGACGACUGUACCGGACUCGUUUUACUUCACCAGCCAGCAGACGACAACCGGUUGUUCAAAUAGCCUGUCGGAUUCGACCUACGUUCCCAUUAAGUACGAACCGGUGUCUGCUACUACCCCGAAGACAAGUGAGGGCAUCCCGCUGUACGCUGGAGAUCUCCAGCUCCCCACGCUCGCUCCCCCAGCCCCUCCGUCCGACUGUUCCACCAUCAGCUUUAUGUCGGAAACGAGUCAGAUGUCCACCGCGAGUUAUGGAACUCUUGAAACAGACUUCUCCACCGUGUCGUUCCAGAACAUCAAGGAUGAGCCAAGUGUACAGGACAUCUUCUCUUGA